AUGGCAGCUGAGCUGGCUGGCCUUGGGGAAGCGAGGCAGCCGGCAGGCUCCCCCUCUAAUUGGGAGCAAGCAACUUCAGCAGUGGCUGAAAACCCUUCCUGUGCAAAGCUGGAUUUGCCCAAUACGUGGUAUGAGAUCUGGUCCUUUGGAAGGCUCUCCCUGCCGCCUCUAAGCAGCGGAAGCCGCAGCCGACGGGGAGCUUCCUCCCAGCCGCUGUCCCAGCGGCAGAGCGGCUGUUGCUCUCGCCCAGGAGGGAGACUUCCACUGCCCCUCUGGAAGAGGACCCAAGCAGAGCCAUUUCCCAUGGAGCUGACACGGUGCCUGGCAGCUGCCUUCCUCCUUCUCAUCUUCUUCCUAGGUUUGAGUUCUGGCCAGCGGGUGGUGACUGUUCAGAAGGGACCCCUCUACCGCACGGAGGGGUCCCACAUCACGCUGUGGUGCAAGGUGAGCGGCUACCAGGGCCCAGCGGAGCAGAACUUCCAGUGGUCCAUCUACUUGCCCUCGGCCCCCGAGCGGGAGGUGCAGAUCGUCAGCACCGUCGACCCGUCCUUCCCCUACGCCAUCUACACGCAGCGCGUGCGCAGCCGGGGGAUCUACGUGGAGCGGGUGCAGGGGGACGCCGUCCUGCUGCACAUCACCGACCUGCAGGACCGCGACGCCGGGCAGUACGAGUGCCACACGCCCAACACCAACGAGAGGCACUUUGGGAGUUACAGCGCCAAGACGAACCUCUCAGUGAUUGCAGACACCCUUUCAGUGUCCAUGGUGCCCCAGGUCCUCACUCACAAUGAAGGGGACCUAGUGGAGCUCACCUGCGAGGUGUCCAAGUCCACUGCCCAGCACACGCAUCUCUCUGUUGGCUGGUAUCAUCUUCAUGGAGCAGGAGAGCACCGUGCCGAGGAGGUGCUCACCCUCUCCAAGGACUUUGUCUUGAAGCCAGGGCCUUCCUAUGCGCCGAGGUUUCUGGCGGGAGAUGUGCAGCUGAACAAGGUUGGGAACACCACGUACAAGCUCUCCAUCAGGGGAGUGGAGCCAUCCGACCAGGGGCAGCUGUACUGUGAGGCAGCUGUGUGGAUUGAGGAUCCUGAUCAGAUGUGGAAGGACAUCUCCCGCAAGCAAACGGGGAGGAUGACACUGGCUGUUGUGAGUCAAGGCAGAGACCUCUCUGUGGAAAUCACUGCUGCUGAAGGCUCCCUUUCUGAAGGUGAUUCCUUGCAGCUAAAUUGCACAUUGGGAUCUCAGAAGAGCAGCAACAGGCACUUCCAAGUGCGUUGGCUCCUCAAUGGCAUGGAAGUGGCCAGGGUUGACCCCCAUGGGGUACUGACCUGGGAGGAAGAAUAUGAGGAGAGAGCCAAGCUGGGGCAGCUCCAAGCAUUCAAGCAAAACAACACAGUUUAUGUCCUCAUCAUCUAUGAGGUGGGGCUGAAGGACAAUGGUACGUACCACUGCUCUGUUUCUGAGGUGAAGACUCCUGGAGACUUUCACAGCAUCCAAACCAAUGUGUCAUCAGGCAUCCAAGUUGAUGUGAAGCCAAUAGGUUAG